UGCUCAAGAUUAGUUAAUGUAAAGAAACGAUUCGCACAUACUUCUACUUUAAAUUGAUGGAAAGACUUAUGUUGUGUUGAGUUAAUGAUUUUGACUUGUAUUGAAUGAGUUGUGUGCGUGCUAGAGUAAUCGGAAACUCAUGUUGAAUGGGUGAUAGCGGUUACUUUGGUAUUUAGUUUGGUAUGACAAAGUAGUUAAGGGAACUUAUUAGUUCUACUCAUAACUUAUAUAGGUGCCCAUUUCGUAAGAGGAAAGUAGAGCCUUAGUUGGGGGAUUUUUUGUAACUUUUGGUCGUGCAGUGACGCUUGCAGCAGGAGGAUCAUAGACAGGCGUAACAGGUAAACAAAGCAGAUGCUGAAAUGAUGUCUGAAGAAGGUGCAUCGGGUAUCAAAGGUGAAAAUACUUGGGAUUUGGCUGAGACCAUCUUAUUCUGUCAAAAUUGGAGGAAUGAGGGUAAUCACCCAGCAUUAGGACCGUGGGGAGGUAAAAGUGGGUAUCAAUGGGAUGAUGGAGUCUAUUCCGGCAUAAGGCAAGUAGUGAUCUCCAUGAGUUCAGACGGAAUCCAUUUCAUUCAGUUCGAGUAUGAUAAGAUGGGUCAUGCGGUUUGGUCUAACAGACAUGGUGGUAACUCUGGUUCCAGGACUGAUCAGAUCAAGCUUGACUACCCUACUCAAUUCCUGGUUUCAAUUAGUGGAUACUGUGACUCAAUUGCUGACAAUGGCCCGGUGAUUAUUCGAUCACUUUGCUUAGAAACUAACAGAAAAAUUUAUGGACCCUUUGGUGUUGAAAAAGGAGUUCCGUUCUCAAUGUCGUCUGUAAAUGCUGAGAUGUUAGUGGGUUUCCAUGGAUGGAGCAAUAAGUAUCUUAAUGCAAUUGGAGUUUAUGUAAAGCCAACGCCUCUCUUGCAAACAAAACUCUUGGAGACACAAAAGAUAAUCCCAACUACCCAGGUUGCCAACAAGAAAAUCCUGUCACUUGGGCCAUGGGGAGGGGACGGUGGAACGACCUUUGAUGAUGGAAUUUAUACAGGGGUACGAGAAGUGUAUAUAACACGAACAGGAGGGUUGGUUUCUAUUCGAGUUUGUUAUGACUUAAAUGGGAAGCCAGUUUGGGGGAAUAAGAAUGGUGGAACGGGAGGACUCAAGCUUGAUAAGAUUGUUUUCGACUAUCCCUAUGAAGUGCUAACUCAUAUAGAGGGAUACUACUCGUCUACGAUUCUGCGAGGACCUACAAUCAUAAAAUCAAUUACUUUUCGCACCAACAGGAGCAGUUAUGGACCAUUUGGAGAUCAACAAGGGAUUUCAUUCACCUCAGGCACAGUAGAUGGUGCUAUUAUUGGUUUUCAUGGAAGAAAUGGAUAUUUUGUGCAUAGCCUUGGAGUUCAUGUGCUUGAAAGAAAAACAUUCCUUCCUCGUCUUUACCCUUAUGACUUGUCUAGGCCUAGCCUAAUACCUGAGGUCGUGUUGGGAGUGCCAAGACCGCAAGAUGAUCUCUACGACCCACAGAUUUAUAAAGAUCCUUUACUGAUCUCUAUCCCAAAAGCCUCUGAGGCACCCUUUGGAGCACCAAGACAACCGGAUUUCAAUAACCGACGACCUAAUUCCAUUCCUUUACCCGUUGCUAGCCCAAGAGCCUCUGAGGUAGCAUUGGGAAUGCCAAGGCAACCAGGUCUCAACCAAUCGGGGCCAUGGGGUGGAGAAGGAGGUACAGCUUGGGAUGACGGUGUUUAUACUGGAGUCAAGCAAAUUGUGAUAACAAGAGGUGAUGCUAUUUGCUCAAUACAAGUUCAGUAUGACCAAAAUGGCAAAUCUGUUUGGUCUGCUCCGCGUGGAAGAACCAACGACGUUUGCUCCUACCAUAUAAAGUUUGACUACCCAUAUGAAGUGCUUACAAGCAUAAGUGGAUAUUAUGGUUUGCUAGUAGGAGAUAUACAGAAAAGGGUUAUCGUAUCCCUCACUUUUUAUACCAGCAGAGCAAAAUAUGGACCAUAUGGAAAACAAAUGGGGAAUUCUUUCUCAUCAGCAAAUAAAGAAGGUAAAAUUGUAGGCUUUCAUGGAAGGAGUACUGGUACUUUCUUGAAUGCUAUUGGUGUUCAUAUGCAACCUUUCGUAAACGAAGUAUCAUCGCGUCAUUCAUAUUCUCAUGAGAGAGGAGGUUUCAAAACUUUGCCGCACAAAAAUAACAAUAUAUGAGUUAUCUAACAACUGCACAUGAAUGGGAUUGGCAUCUAUGUUUACACUUGAAUGAGAUAAAGGUUCCCUACUUUCCAUGUGCGCCUUUGUAAAAAAAUGUAAAAAAAACGUUAUCUAAUGUGCAUUUUCCAGGCGAAUAAAUAGUUUGAAUAUCUAAUGUUACCUAUAGAAGCUUUAAAAUUUUCUUGUGUAGGAGGGUUACACGAGAGUGCUUAUUGACUAUUGUAUUAAAUUAUAACUGUUUAAUGUAUUGAUAAUAUCAACCUGUCUUUUUGAAAAUACUACUAAUUAACUUGUAUUAAUAGUUUGUAACAUGUGUAUUUACUUAUGAACAUUAGAUAUUCAAACUAUCUAUUCGCCUGAAAAAUGCAGCUUUAAACUUUAUGUAUAUUAUUUUAUUUUUUAAGUGUGUAGAUAUUACAACCUCCAGUAAUAGCCAUUAAUAGAGCUUGGAGAAGAUGAAAUAUAAGCUUUGGAAAGGAGAGAGAAAGAUUUAGUGAGAAAAUAUUCUCUGUUUUGGCAUUUAUUAUUUCAUCAGUAUAGUUGUGCGAAUCCUUUUUUAUAUAGAAGAGUUGUGAAAAUGUCGGUAUGUAAUUAGAAAAAUACAUUUUAACAACAGUAAAAGUAAACUAAUAUAUUAAUAUCCCCCUCUGGCUUGGGGUGCUUUAUACAUGCCAAGCUUGGACAAUAAUGUUUAGAACUAAGCCGAAGGAAGUAUCUUGUUGAAAACAUAAGCGAGUUGAGUAGAAAUAAGUGAAUAUGUGAGUUGCAAUAAACCUUCCAUAACCUUUGUAAAAUGACAAUUGAUCUCAAUAUGCACCAAGAUUGGGUCCUCCGGACUCACAAUCUUACAGUCAAUCAACCUUAUUAAUUGAAGACUGAUUGAUGGACUCCUGAAUACACACGAUGAACACCAAAUCACCCAAAAAAGCAAUUCUUGAUUCUCAGGUUGGCCUUGGGUCGUCUUUAAUGGUUUCACUCACCUACUUAGACUGACUCCCACCCUUUCCCCCUAAGUUCCACUCACUUGAAGGAAGGUUACACUUUAGAUUGUUCUACAAUCUAAAGUUCAGAAGUGUUCCACACUUUCUUUGUUCCGGCCAAAAGAAAUUACACACACCAACACACAAGGAAGAGGAAGAGGAAAAUUAUCACACUUGCAAAACUGAUUUGAAUGAAUGAAAACUGAAUAUUGAUUGAUGAAUGAAAUCUCACACAAUGAUUAUAGGCCUAUAUAUAGGUUUCUACAAUGCAACGGCUAGUUUACAGCACGUGCCUAGCACGCUUCACUUAAAACAGAAAAUAAGGAAAUCAGCCUAAGGCAUAGAUAGGCCGUCUGUGCUGAACUACUGACUAGGGCACCUUGAGCUUGAUCCUCCGAGUUCUGUGUGUAUUAGUAGAAGGGUUCUUGGCCCUCGAAGGCUAGGCCCAUGUGCCAAGAUGCCAUUUCCGGGUUGAUCCAACUUUGGUUGUAUCUGAUCAGCUCUCAUGUAAAGAUGCAAGGUGGCCUGGUCGUCAGACUGUUGUUCAGUAGCAGUUUUGCUGUUCCGAGGCCCUUGUGAGUGUUCUGUUGUUCUGUUUUGUUCCUCUUGGGCUGGAACUUGGAUUUUGAUCUUUCUUUGCUUGAUCUUGUUAUCUUCCUGCUUAUCUAAUCCAUGUCUAUGAUAUAGAGUUGAAUCGGAUGGGUGAUCAUAUGGGCUUAAACCAUGGUUUGACUGGGUUGUACAUGGUUCACAAUAUAUUUGCUAUGAUCGUAUAAGACAUGAUUGUGAGCAUUAUUAAGAGCUUUGGUUGUCACAGUGGAGGGUGACAAACCUCAAUCUGUUUACUCCCAAUUCUUCAAAUUAAGCGAACUAUCUAGCUUACUCAGAGGCAUGUGAAGUCAUGGCACGAUACUCAGCUUUUGAAGAUGAUUUCAAUACAAUAGUUUUCUUUUUGGAUUUUCAGUGGCAUGAACAUAAUUUAAGGUGUGUUGGAGAGCUUAAAAGUGAGCUUCAGGUGAAUGUUGUAUGUAUUGGGUUAGAGUUUGGAUAGUGUAAGCUAAAUCCGUUCCUGUGUGAGUGAGGAAGUUUAAUUUGAUUACAA